AAAGUUGUAUUAAAAGUUAUAUCAUAUUGUAUUAAAAGUUUCUAUAACAUAUUUCUAUACAUAGAUUGCAUUAUUGAAAAUUUAAAAUGAAAAUUAAAAAAAGGUCUAAUGCAAUAAGAGUGCCACCAGUUAAAAAAGCAAUAAAAAUUAAACGAAAAUCAUCAGAAUUAGAAGAGGAAUCAACUGUAUCCAAAGCAAUUGAAAAUGUUAAAAAAGUACUUAAGAAAAAAAAUGUUGAAGUAAUAAACACAAUUUCAACUCCGAAAGUAGAAAAAUCAUAUAAAAUUAAUAAAACCAAAAUUAGACAAACAAAAUUCCAAAAAAAACAUUCAAGAGGUAUAAUAUAUUUAGGACAUAUACCUCAUGGUUUUUAUGAAGAACAAAUGACAGAUUAUUUUAAACAAUUUGGAAAUGUAACUAGAGUACGUGUUGUUCGGUCAAAAAAUACUGGUAGAAGUCGUGGUUAUGGAUAUGUGGAAUUUAUGUAUCCUGAAGUUGCUAAAAUAGCUGCAGAAACAAUGAAUAAUUAUCUUAUGUGUGGGAGAUUAUUAAAAGCUACAUAUAUCCCACCUGAAAAACAACAUAGUGAUUUUUUUGUUGGUAGAUCAUGGACAAAAGAAAUUUAUCCUAAAAUAAUAAAUAGAAAUAAAAUUACUAAGAUAAGAAAUGGAAAUAUUGACAAAAAAAAGCAUAUAAGAUUCGUACAAAGUACAAAAGAUAAAUUAUCUAUUUUAGAAAAAAAAUUAAAAGAAAAAGGUUUUGAUAUGAAAUUUGUACCAAUAGAUGAUUCUAAAUAAUAUUAAGGAAUAUUUUUAUUAACAUUAAUUUUUUAUUAAAAACAAAAAUAAUUACAUGUUUAUUCAAAUUUAUAUAUUAUAAAUAGCAAAUCAGUUUAGAAAGGAAUAUUUUUUAAAAUAAUGGUUUUGCAAUAUAAAUAGUUUAACUUUACUUUAAGCUUUUUAAUUGAUUGUUUUAUUAAGAAAUUUAUAAUUUCAUUUAAAAUAUCAAGUCCGAUUUUCAUAUAUCUUCUAAUUAUAAAAAAAAGUAUCAAAUUGUAAAAUUAUAUUUUCUUCAUUUAAUUUUUAUUUAAAAUUUUUUGCAAUGUAAUUAAUAGUUUAAAAAAUAUUUCAACUUCUAAUCUCAGGUAAUUUAUACAAUAAAAAUUAUAAUAGAUAUUAUAAUUAAGAAUUGUAGAGAUUUGUUAUUUGAUUACAUGAUUUAAUGUAAUUUAAUAUUUACAAUUAAAUUUUAAAUAUUUAAAAUUACAUAAAUAAUUAUCAAGAUACAUUAAA